AUGGCACAUGAAGGUGCGUCUAGCGUCUCUGGGACACAUAGAGAGUCAUCUUCCGGGAGAUCGAGGACUCCACGCACCUCCGGAAGAGGGCGCAAGAAGGAAUCCGCAAAGACGGUGUUACGUAAUACGGUAGGACGUCUUGAUUCAGAGGCAUUUGCGAGAAGAAGCAAAUAUUUGCGUGGUAUUUUCCUUGAUCCACAAAAGAGACACUCAUAUGAAUGGACUUUGCUCGAAAAGAAGGUACUACUUUUGGACUGGUACCACAAUCCUUCAUAUUAUGAGAAUUGGAAGCCAGCUGAAACGGAAGACAUGACAAACAGGUUCUUUUCAAACCUAAUCUACAACUAUAGUCAUCUGUCUAUGGUUAACAUUGGUCCGAGUGUCAUUUUCUGCCGCCUAAUAAACGAGUUUGUCCAUAUUGACGCCCCGUAUCAGUGUGUUGUUAUGAUUUUAAGGUACGUUGAUCAGUAUGGAAUAUCUCGUGACGAGCUCAAGAUCGGCAUGAUAUGGCGCGGUUGUGAGAUGGAGGAGAUGAUCAACGGUCAGACUACCCAGAUAUACACACCGACAAAAUCGGAUGAUUACCAGUGUAUAUACGAUGGGAUCAGUUACAACAUAUUCUCUUACACAACGGAUCCGUUCGAGAAACUUGGGCCUUGUGAAAAAUGUACGAGAGCCGAUGUGCAUGAAAAGACUACACUUGCUACUCCCAAGAUUGUGUUCAGUGAACCGGCCGUAUCGAUGGAAGUAACUUCAACACGUUUGAAUGGCACUCGCAACUAUUUGGUAGCUGUGAAGAUGAAGAGCUAUAUUGUCAGAGUUUAUAACAUUACCGACCUAAUUACCACAACAGUGAAGAUCGCCAAAACCUGGGAUAGCGCACGAAAAAUCCACGUGAAGACAUUUAAUGAGAAAAAGAAUAAAAUUUCAAAGGACGAAAUUAUAUGCACUGGUUGUCUACUGGAGGAAUCUGACCUUAAGAUGCUGGAAUCCCUCAGGUCCGAGGCCAGCUCCUACCAGUCUGCUUUUAAGCCGAUAGAAUGCCUGGGUUUGGACUUUGAGGCUGUACAUUCAAAGAGUAUUGCUAUUAAACGCGAAACUCUUCAAUCUGGCCUAAAGUUUUUCCAUACUUCCAUAAUUUCGGAGAAGAUCGUAAUACCUACGUUUGUGGCGGCAGUGGGAAGUACGAAUGCGUGUGUAUGGGAACUUGGCAAUAUUUUAAAUACAAAGGCGCGAGAACCGCUUUUGGAGAUGAGGUUUCCGUCGGAUUCAUUCCCAACAGAUAUCUCCUCUUCUCUGGGGAUCACACAGGAUCUUACCACCCUUGAGGGGCAUAAAUGGAUACAUAAGCACAAAAUAUACACAACAGAUGAUAAUGGAUUUCUAAGACUGUGGACUUUUGAUUCUUCAGCAUGUGAGGCUGAGCUCAAGCUGGAUUCAAAUUCCCUUUUAUCACUUGAUGUUAACAAAAAGUACCCACACCUGAUAGCUAUAGGAGGUGACAGUGGCAAAGUAAAGAUUUACAACUUAUUGCGUCAGUGCAUGUCUACCAAGGGAGGUUCAGACAAUGAAUAUCUGCGUUUUUCUGUCAUUCCAAGCCACCUUCCAAACGUGGUAUAUGAGUACUUGAAUUGGUAUCAUCCAGUAAUGAAGGUGCGAUGGAUAAAUGACAUUUUUGUGAGCGCACAAUAUUCCGAACCUCUUUACACAAAGGAGUCGACAAACUCGUCCACAUUUGCAAUUUGGAAUGUUUCUAAGGAUAUAUUUGAUAAGGAAGAUGCGUUUUUGUGUAACAAGUAUUGGUCACAGGGAAUGGAAUCUCGCAACAAUACUUGGCAUUUGGCAUCUCGACUCAUUUGUCUAUAUGGUGGCCAUUUUGGAUCAUUAGGAGGUGUGUUAUCUUCGGAUUGCAACUGGACUGAUGAGUUCGGUCUUGUUGCAAUUUCUUCCGACAAUACUGGGCAAUUACAUUGGUACAAACCCGGUAUCUGGACUUGGGGUGAUUAUGAUGAUCCACUUUGCAUUGCGCGUAUAAAAGGCAAUGUUGAGUUUCAUAAGAAUAUCUUGGAUAUUGUAUCAAGGGAACACAAGACAUUGCAGAAGCGCAACGAUUAUGAAAGCCACUCCUAUGAAUAUUCCACUGGUACACACUCUUCCUCCAAUUUCAGAAAGACGAAGUCAAGCUUUACGGAAUAUUUGAACAAUGCAGAGAUACAAUUAACACUUUUGGAGCAAAAUAAAACACUAGCGAAUGAUUUUAACAGUCUACCAAUUUGGUGUAGAAAGACGCUGAAACUUAGCGCGGAUGAGGAGAAGUAUAUGAAACUCAUUCAAAAGUCAGUACGGGAGCGGGAAAUGACCGAACAUACACUUUUGGAUACACCAAUAUCCAGACCAGCUAUAGAUACUGCUUAGGUUAUGCCUUUUUGCGGUAGUAGUACCUAUUAC